UUUGGUCAAACCCACGAUUUCUUUAGAACACAAAGAGAUUCAGAAGUAAAACAACAAGAACUCAUCUCCGAUGAUCCUAUUCAUGUAAUAAUUGAACCCAACAGAAACAAAGAAAGUUCUCUAUGAGAUCGAAGUUUCUGGUGUUGUUUCUUUGUCUCUAUCUACUCCUUGUCUCUGUUUCUUGUGCCUCUUUCACAGAGUUUGUCUAUCCAAAUUUCACCGCUUCUAACCUCAGAUUCAUCGACAGCUCCAAUGGAGCUUUCCUCUUCUCCCGUAAUUCAAUCUUCAAAGCCGGUUUGUUCAGUCCCGGCGGCGAUUCCUCUACCCAUUUCUACUUCUCAAUCAUCCACGUCGAUUCCGAUUCCACAAUCUGGUCUUCAAAUAGCGAUUCUCCUGUUUCAAGCUCAGGGAAAAUGAAUCUUUCCCCUCUAGGACUCUCCGUUAUCGAAGAUGGUAAAGGUCAAAUACCCGUUUGGUCAACGCCGGUUUUAGCCUCUCCGGUUUACUCUCUUCGGUUAACCGACGCCGGAAAUCUGCUUUUGCUCGAUCGAUUCAACGCUUCUAUAUGGGAAAGCUUCAGAUUUCCCACCGACACGAUCGUUCUUGGACAAAAACUCCCGCUCGGGAUGUCCUUGUCGGGAUCCACCUCACUGUACAAUUUCUCGACGGGAGAUUAUAAAUUUGUUGUUGUUGAAUCCGGCGGUUUUAUGAUGUGGAAGGGACAUAAUUAUUGGAAGCUAAGGAUGCAUACACGAGCUAACGUCGAUUCCAAUUUUCCCGUUGAGUUUCUAACGGUCACUACUUCUGGUUUGGCUCUUAUGGGUCAGAACGGGACGACGGUGAUAAUCCGCGUGGCGUUACCACCGUCGUCUGAUUUUCGUUUAGCAAAAAUGGAUUCCUCUGGGAAAUUCAUCAUUAGAAGAUUCUCCGGUAAGAAAAUGGUGACUGAAUUCUCUGGUCCGACGGAUCUAUGUCAGAUUCCGUUCGUGUGCGGUACGCUCGGGAUUUGUCAUCUUGAUAAUGAUUCAGAAAACAAGAGUUGUUCAUGUCCGGAUGAGAUGCAAUUGGAUGCGGGGAAGAAGACAUGCGUUCCUGUUAGCCAAUCAUUGAGUUUACCUGUUUCUUGUGAAGAAAGUAAAUUUUCGUACUUGGAACUCGAGCUCGGUGUGUCUUACUUCGCUACUCAUUUCACAGAUCCUGUGGAACACGGUUUCGAGUUAUCGGCUUGUCAUGAUCUUUGCAGUAAGAAUUGCUCAUGCGUCGGUGUUUUCUACGAGAACACGUCUCGGUCUUGUUAUUUGGUAAAGGACUCGUUUGGUUCUUUGUCUCUAGUCAAGAACUCACCAGAUAAUCACGACCUUAUCGGAUACGUCAAGUUGUCUUUCAACAAAAAUUCGAUUGCUCAAUCUCCUGGAAACAAAAACAGAGGAUCUAAUUUUCCUUUGAUAGCACUUGUGCUCUUACCUUGCUCUGGCUUCUUCCUUCUGAUCGCAUUGGGGUUUCUCUGGUGGCGAAGAUGCGCCGUAAUGAGAUACAGCAGCAUACGUGAGAAGCAAGUAACUAGACCUGGUUCUUUCGGAUCAGGAGAUCUAGGAUCUUUCCAUAUCCCGGGUUUACCUCAGAAAUUCGAAUUUGAAGAGCUCGAACAAGCAACCGAUAAUUUCAAGAUGCAAAUAGGAUCAGGAGGAUUUGGUGCAGUCUACAAAGGAACUCUCCCAGACGAAACACUUGUUGCCGUCAAGAAAAUCACAAACCAUGGACUUCACGGUAGACAAGAGUUUUGCACGGAAAUCGCAGUAAUUGGAAAUAUCCGACACACAAAUCUAGUGAAACUUCGAGGCUUCUGCGCUCGUGGGAGGCAAUUACUCUUAGUCUAUGAGUACAUGAACCAUGGAUCGUUAGAAAAGACUUUGUUCGGAGCCAACGGUCCGGUUCUUGAGUGGCAAGAAAGGUUCGAUAUAGCUCUCGGGACGGCUCGUGGGCUCGCGUAUCUCCACAGUGGCUGCGACCAAAAGAUUAUACAUUGUGACGUGAAACCCGAAAACAUCUUAUUGCACGAUCAUUUCCAGCCGAAGUUAUCUGAUUUCGGGUUAUCAAAGCUUUUGAGCCAAGAAGAGUCAAGUUUGUUCACCACUAUGAGAGGUACUCGAGGCUAUUUAGCUCCCGAGUGGAUAACAAACACUGCUAUCUCUGAGAAAGCUGAUGUGUAUAGCUAUGGAAUGGUGUUGUUAGAGCUAGUGAGUGGUAGGAAAAACUGUUCGUUCCGGUCUCGGAGCAAUAGUGUGACGGAGGAGAAUCAUCAACAGUGCUCGUCGACAACGACUUCGAGUUCUGGCUUGGUGUAUUUCCCGUUGUACGCUUUGGAUAUGCAUGAACAAGGGAGGUAUAUGGAAUUGGCGGAUCCAAGGCUAGAGGGUCGGGUGACGAGCCAAGAAAUUGGGAAGUUGGUUCGGAUAGCUUUAUGUUGUGUUCACGAGGAGCCGGCUCUGAGGCCAACGAUGGCAGCGGUUGUCGGGAUGUUCGAAGGGACCAUACCGUUGGGGAAUCCGAGGAUGGAAUCACUGAAUUUUUUGAGGUUUUAUGGGCUGAGAUUCGCUGAGUCUUCUAUGGUUGAAGGUCAAAAUGGGGAGAGUGAAAAUAUGGUUUUUCACCGGCGAGAAAGCUCUAAUAGUGGUGGCUCUAGGCUCUCUUCUUCAUACGUGGCGUCUCAGGAAGUGUCGGGUCCACGGUGAGCAAAUAGCUGAGGAUUGUGAAAAUUGAAUCAAUAUAUAUUUUUUUUAAUUUGUUUUUGGUUUAUGCUUUGUUAAUAGCCCUUGUUGACAUAUAUGAUCAUUGUUGGAUAAUGUUGCAUAGCAAUUACAAACAAAAGUGAUUCUACAGGAAAAUCGCAUAAAAAAUCUUUUAAGUAAUUUUCAGUGAGAUUUUAA